CAAUCAAGCCUCCCGAUACAAACUGUGAGCCUCACGUUCAUUGGUUAUUGGAAACCACAUACGUGUGUGUACACUGUAUUCCUCAUGUUCAUUGGCUGUUCGCUCAAAAGAGGCAAAUUUCAAAAUGGCGUUCAAACCGACAUCCAAAGCAGCAAGACAACCUCAAAGUAGUGAUCAUGGUGAGUCAGCUAAGAACUUACUGGCUGACAAGAAGCAGACUUCGAAAGUGAAAGUUAUCGUCAGGGUUAGACCUCCACUUACAGAAGAUGCUAAAGUUUGUGUGGAAACAAGUGAUAGCAAAGUGGAAAUAUUUAAUCACCGAAACAUAAAAGAGACACUGCAGUAUGAGUUCUCCUCUGUGUUUGACAAGACAAGCACUCAGCAGGACAUAUUCAGCACUUCCAUCCGGCCCCUACUGGAGCAUGCCAUCAAUGGGGAGAAUGUCUCCAUUUUUGCAUAUGGACCAACUGGAGCAGGCAAAACCUACACUAUGCUGGGAACAGAGAAGGACCCUGGCAUGAUACCCAGAGUCGUCCGCACCCUUUUCCAAAGCCUGCACACACCACAAGGCAAACCUUGUGAAAAGCACAUGGUUACAUUUUCGUUCUUGGAAAUCUACAACGAGAAGGUCCAAGACUUAUUGAACCCAAAAGAAACAGAUCUGCCUAUUCGAGAAGACAGCAGUCAUAACAUAUUUGUGGCAGGACUUACAGAGAAGCUCAUUGGUAGUUAUAGAGAGUUCUCGCUGUUGUUUGGACCAGCAUCUAAUAACAGGUGGGAGAAAUGGAGAGGCAUUAAAGUGGGCUAUAUAGAGAAGAUGGUACAUUGUGAGAGGCCAUGGAGACAAGAUGGUAAUGUUCAUUGCAGGACAGUGGCAGCCACAAAGUUAAAUGACCAUUCCAGCCGCAGCCACAGCAUUGUUCAGCUUAAGGUUGAUACCUGGAAAGACAACAAGGUGUUUCAUGGCAAAAUUUACCUGAUUGACUUGGCUGGCUCUGAAGACAACAGGCGAACUGGAAACAGCGGUGUCAGGUUGAAGGAGAGUGGAGCCAUCAAUAAGUCCUUGUUUGUCUUGGGAGAGGUAGUUGAUGCUAUCAACAAUGGCCUGACCAGAAUUCCAUACAGAAAUAGCAAGCUUACACGUCUUCUUCAGGAUUCUGUUGGUGGCACCUGUCACUCGGUUAUGAUUACCAACAUUUCACCUGAAGAGUCAUUCUAUUUUGACACAUACUGCACACUCAACUUUGCCAGUAAAAGCCGAAGGGUGAUUAACAACAACCUACCUUCCAUCUCUGAUGUCCAGCCUCCAAGUGAGAAACCAAGAGCCUUGAAACGUAGUAAAUCAGCAUCAGAUUUUGGGCCAGUGCGAAACAAACAAGUGAAGCUGAUUACAAGUACAUCUCACUCAAGUCUCAACCCUUCUGUUACAGAUACAGUCUCUUCAUUGAGGCUGGCAAAAGGGCAGCAUGAGCACUUGGAGGGGACUACCAGGGGACAUAAACAACAGGCAGAGAGCCUCCUGCUCCAGAGGCAUUCCCAGCCUGCACAUGAGUGCCAGGAGUUAACUGCCUUGAAGGACCUGCAGCAUGAGCUGAGGGCAGUGAAGUCACAGCUUCAACAACUUCAGCAGCAGCAGCUGCUGGUCAGGCAGCAUGAGACAUCCAAUGCUAGUACCACACCUGGACAGCCACACAAGAUGCAUUGCAAGCCUGUUGCACGAGUACCUCCCAUUGACAAAAUAAUUCUGAAAGACCUAACUAACACUCUGAGUCUGGAGGAAACCACAAGCCAUGAGGAAAGAAAGACAGAGAGUACUCUGAGCUGCAGCGUAUUGUUUUCUCCUUCACCAGUCUUAUUUAAGAAAGGCUUCAAGUCCACAGCUUCAGCUUCUUCAAGACAGAGACAAGACUGUGUAACACCCAGCAAAAUCAGGAAGAGUCUAGGUGAAUUUCAGCAUCAGCAGCAGAAACAAAAUGAAGAAUUUCUAGAGAUCCUCAACACAGCACCUGUUAAACGACUACAGGAAUUACACACAGUUGGUACCAAACGAGCACGUCUUAUUUUUGAGUGGCGCCUAAAAAAUGGACCAUUUACAUCCUUUGGUGACCUUUCAAUGAUUCCUGGGUUUACAGACAGAUAUGUGCAGAGUUUGCUUCAGGUGAGAUUAUACAGUUUGUCACAACUUGCUGUUUUACAGUUUGUGCUCUUAUUAUGUAUUCAUCCUACACUCUGCUGUUAACCCAUUCUUUUUCUUCUUUUAUAUCUGUUGGUCUGUCCUGCCAAUAUCCCUUAAUGAAUCAUGUUUAGCUAACAUUUCAUCAUUUCUGUUACCUCUGUGUCUUCACUGUUGAGACCCCUUGAGUAACAAGGGCUAAACUAAAACUCUUCACAGUCUUGAUUUUUUGAGUAGUUUUGUUUCCACUAUAUACCACACUUCAUUAACAGUGACCUUACUGAUGUAUUGGACAAAGAAAUUGUUAAGACAGUAGUCAGAGGAGAUAGGCAGUCAAUGGGACAAAAAUCUGUAAGUGAAAACCAAAAGGCUUCAAACAAAUUUUCAGCACAAUGACAAAGAGGUGCAUUUCAAAUAAUAGACACAAAACUUACAACAGGUCAAUGUACACAACCACAAACACAGAAAGCUAAUACCCUCAAGCCAGUAAGGUGAAGGGAUGUAAAUUGUCCAAUAUUAGAAAAGGUUUAGAGUUAUUGGAAAGUAAAUGACGACGACAUUGGAACAGACGAGAUGAACACUUUGUAUAGCACUGCCCAGCAUUUGCUGUGUACAUAUCUACUUCCAGGCAUCUACCCUACAUCAAAGUUGUUUCCUAAGAUUUCUUUUGGCAAAGGAGCCAUGUUUAAACAUUUUGUAAGAGGGGAUACUGUUAGAAUCAUACCAUAAAUGCUUGCCAACAUGAGCAACACAGAAGCUGUCUAUGAUAGUACUUUGUUGAUCUACCUUUCAGUCUUUCAAAUAGAAAUUCUUGAAUAAAUAAUUAAAAAAAUACCCAUAAAAGAUUAUAAUCGCUUUUUUCGAAAUACCCUUGUCUGUCAUGGUCAUUUCUACAAAGCUGUGGACUUUUUUUUCCCUAAGAGGCUGAAAAACUGUUAAUUGGGAAAUUUCCACCACAAAACCGUUGUCUUUCAGGAAAGUAGAGAGAAGAGCAGUUUUAAAUUUCCCAUUCCAAGUUUUGGCAGUCUGCAUAGGACACAGGUACACCCAGUGCUAUGUGACUAUAAUGUGUGAAAACACAAAUAAGUUACUUUUAGCAGGUUUCAACUUACAUUUCACAGACUGGACAAGGCUGGCAUGGCAUCACAAAGUGAUCUGCUACAUUAGUUGAGGCGUAUUCUUUAUCAACAUAUACAUUCCAAGAAGCAUGUUGAUACAUCAAAAGCACAAUCAGCAUUUUGUUACUCUACUACUACUUUAAUUUUUAACCAAAAUAUAUUUUUAAAAUAGCGUGCUCAGAAUGCAGGAAAUAACCUAAAGUAUUUCUUCAAAGUCUCUUCAAGGAGCAUUAUCCCCACACUCCUACAAGUCCCCAUUUGACUAGCUUUAUGGUGGGCCUGAACCCUCACCUAUUUUCAGAGAUUUUUAUAGGCCUGUUAUUACUUGCUGAUAUUGAUGCUCAAAUCACUGCAGAUAACAGGUGUUUCUUGAAUUAUUCUCUUUUUUCCAGAGAAACUUUGUACUAGUUGAUUUGUAAAGGAUUUUUCAAGCAACAUAGAAUAAAUGGACAUCCGAAGAAAAGAGCCACAUGGGAUGUACGCCACUGCCAUCAUGAACUGUAUGUCUAGGAAUCUAAGAGUUGGAGUUUGCAUGAACAGUUAUGCACACACCCUGUUAUACACUAUGUAAACAUUGUUGAAACAUUUUCUGUAGGGUAUGUGCACAAAUUAGUUCUCUGUGUUGGGGUGGGAGGGAACCUUAAUGAAAGAGAUCAGGGACGUGUUUUAACAUUAUUUAAUCGUUGUGAAUGACAUUCACUAAUUAUCAUGGUGAUUUGAAAUCGGGUUUAUUACAAGACCUGCCUCAGCGAAAAGAUUUUAUACAUCUAUAAAAUUGUCAUUUUGAAAUUUAUGUACUAACAUUAGUCUCUUCACUUUGGUAUAUAGAUUCCUACGGUCACUGAAAGUAUAUAUUGCUCAAUUGUACUGUGCUAAUGUGUGCAUCAAUUGAGGUUUUGUGACUGAUUUGUUUUGUUAUUGCCUAAACCAAAUAUUUUUCUAUUCCCAUACUCUGCCUGUGUGAGUGAAAGCCUAUGAAUCAGUGUAUGGAUAGGUGCAUUUCCAUGUCUCCAGCCAAUGUAUAUAGUGCUCAAUUAGUAAUUGUGGCAAGUAAAAAGAUGUUUGUUCUGUGAA